ACAGAUGCCGAUAUCCUUAACUUUGCAUUGACUUUGGAGCAUCUGGAAGGAACCUUCUACGCAGAAGGUUUGGCGAAGUACAACCAAAAUGCUUUCAUCAGCGCUGGAUUCAGUGCAUCGACCCGUCAAUCACUCCAAAAAAUCUCCGAUGAUGAAGCAUCUCACGUCAGUUUCUUGACCUCAGCACUUCAAGCAGCAGGCGCGACCCCCGCCCAGGCCUGUAAAUACAGUUUCCUUUACAGCGAUGUGAAAUCUUUCUUAGCGGUCUCUCAGAACAUUGGUGAUUUUUCGAUAGGUGUAUUGGGCUACUUAGGGGCUGCUGCCUCGAUCAAAAACGGAGGGUACUUGACCGCUGCCGGUUCAAUCCUGACUGUCGAAGCUCAACACAACGCCUUUGUCCGUUUCGUCAAUGGCGAUUCUUCCUUCCCGGCUGCUUUUGAUACACCUCUCGGACCUCGUGGUGUAGUGACAUUGGCCACUCCUUUCUUUGCUAGCUGCCCAGCUGGUUCAGCUCCUGGCCUGAAAGGAUUCCCAGCUCUCAACAUCACCGGAACUCUCACACCAGGUUCCAGCCUUACCAUCUCU